AUGUCGUUAAACAGAGACCUAGAUACAAAAUUAAAAUUCAAAACAUCGAAAAAAUUGAAAGUAUCAUCCACAUUCGAAUCCAUGUCAUUAAAACCAAACCUACUGAAAGGUAUCUACUCUUAUGGUUUCGAAUCACCUUCCUCAAUUCAAUCAAGAGCUAUCACUAGAAUCAUCGCAGGUAAUGAUGUCAUUGCACAAGCUCAAUCUGGUACCGGUAAGACGGCCACUUUUACCAUUGGAAUGUUACAAAUUAUUGAUUCUGAUAAGAAACAAUUACAAGGUUUGAUAUUAUCCCCCACAAGAGAAUUGGCUGUUCAAAUUAAUCAAGUAGUGGGGAAUUUAGGUGAUUAUAUGAAUGUUAAGUCAAUGGCUAUGAUUGGUGGGAAGAUGAUGAAAGAGGAUCUUAAGAAGAUUAAUAAAAAUUCAUGUCAUGUGAUUAGUGGGACUCCAGGUAGAAUUUUAGAUAUGAUUAAAAGGCAAUUAUUAAACGUUAGAAAUAUUCAAAUUUUAGUGUUAGAUGAAGCUGAUGAACUGUUAAGUGAAAUAUUAGGUUUUAAACAACAAAUUUAUGAUAUCUUUGCUAAAUUACCGAAAAGUUGCCAAGUGGUAGUUGUGAGUGCAACAAUGGAUAAAAACAUUUUAGAAAUAACCAAAAAAUUUAUGAAUGAUCCCGUAAAGAUUUUAGUGAAACAAGAUGAAAUUUCUCUUGAGGGGAUUAAACAGUAUAUAGUCAAUGUUGAUAAAGAAGAUUGGAAAUUCGAUACUUUAUGUGAUAUUUAUGAUUCCUUGACUAUAACACAAUGUGUUAUUUUUUGUAAUACAAAGAAAAAGGUAGAUUGGUUAUCAGCAAAAUUGGCUCAAGCAAACUUUGCAGUCGUUUCCAUGCAUGGUGAUAUGAAACAGGAAGAUAGAGAUAAAGUUAUGAAUGAUUUUAGGACAGGCCAUUCCCGUGUUUUAAUAUCAACAGAUGUCUGGGCUCGUGGUAUAGAUGUGCAACAAGUUUCAUUGGUGAUAAAUUAUGAUUUACCUGAAAAUAUGGAAAAUUAUAUUCAUAGAAUAGGUAGAAGUGGAAGAUUCGGAAGAAAAGGUGUUGCAAUUAACUUCAUCACGAAGAGUGACGGAUCAACCUUGAAAGAGAUAGAGAGGUUUUAUCAUAUAAAGAUAAAUCCUAUGCCAGCCAACCUGGCAGACUUGUCAUAA